AUAUGGUUGCGUCAGGUGUUCCAAGAAGAAAUGGUGAACGUCAUGCCAUCGCCAUAGCUGAUAUGUCAUUGGAUUUAGUCAAUGUUUCACAUAGUUUUGUUAUUCCGCAUAAACCUGAAGAACCGUUAAAAAUUCGUGUAGGUUUACAUUCCG